CCGCAAUGCUGCCAACACAAAGUCGAUAGCAUGGGAUACUCCCAAUCAUGACCGAAAAUGGUCAUUCUCAACUUCACCCUCACGCCCGAAGCGGCAUCCAAAAUCCAUGACCUGCUUGUCUGCCUCGGAAAGUUCAGCGACACGGUCGCCAUCGAGGCGCGACGGGAUAAAUUCGCUUUCACCGCGCUCAAUUCUUCAAAGUCCGCAUAUGCCGCGUUGACACUGGACGGCAAACAUUUCUUCUCCAGCUAUGAGUGCAUUCCGAGCCAUGGAGGUCCAGACGGCCGCUUCACUUGCAGCAUGUACACGAAGGCCCUGCUUUCCGUAUUCAAGGGGCGACUGUACGAUCCACUGGGGAGAGACGGCGCGAUCGAUCGUUGCGAAGUCACAGUACAGGAGCGAGCUGACGAGACGCAAUGCCGCUUCAUCGUCAAGAUGGUGUGCAACCAGGGAGUCAUCAAAACGUACAAGUUGACCUAUGAGGCUGUCGAAGUUAUGCAUGCACUAUUCGACCGGAAUGUCGCAAAGAAUAGAUGGAGCAUGCAUGCCAGCGCGAUGAAGGAGUACACGGAGUAUUUUGGUACGAAGACGGAGAUGCUGGAUAUAUUUGCGGGAGAGGACGGGCGAGCUGUCUUCAAGAGCUACACCGAGAAGAUAUCGAACGGCAAGGAAAUUCUAAAGCAUCCUCUCGUGACGGCUGUGGCGGUCAACACAUCCGACUUCGAAGAAUUCAACGUCCAGCCUGGCCUACAUAUUAUCAUCAGCGUCAAGGACUUCAAGGCCAUUGUCGCGCACGCGGAUACGCUCAAAACCAGCUUGAAAGCCUUCUACUCGCAUCCUACUCGACCUCUGCAAUUCAGCUACGGAUGCGACGGCCUCCUCUGCGAGUUCACGCUCAUGACCUCCGGAGAAUACAACGGCGCGACCAUGACACCAACACCGGCACCGCAAAUUGCUAGCAGAGCAAACUCUCGCGCACAAUCCGCUGCGACCGAGAACCGCAGUGUACGCUCCGAGAUGCCUCCCCCGGUUGAGCCAGCUUCGCGACGCUCAGAAAGACGCCGCAUUUCGGGUCAGAAGAGGGCGGCCUCACCAAAACCACAAGCGGACCACGAGAGCCUGUUCGUCAAUCAAGAGGAAGAAGAUGCCCGGUGGGAGCCGGUGGAUUAUACUAAUGAGGAGGAGACACUAGGCUGGGAUGCGAGUGCGGACCGUGACGCCGCGAACUUCCCCACCUUCCGGGACACGGGGAGCUUCUCAAGGCAGGAGACGACGGAUAGUAAUGAGGGGAUAGCACCGAGCCAGCGGGUGUCGCAAAUCAAGGGUUUGUGGUAGACAGAGAUGAGACUGGAGUAGAAGAAUCAGUGCCGGAGAACAUGGCGAGCGAAACUUACGAUGCAAUGCAAAAACUGCAAUACAUGCAGUCUUCAUUCCGUUUCUAGCUCCGGUACCUCCUCCUCCACUUCGCUAAGCACGAAGCUCGUGCAAAAGCCAGCGCCAACGAACCUAAUGGUUCCAGG